UGGCUUACCUUCUCCUCUUCUCCUUCACCGAACUUGCUAUUCAAACCUCUUAAUUAGCCCACUCGCCAUUCUCUUCCUCCUUCCUCCUCUUUUUGUAUCCACCGACGCCAUCGAUCUACCAUUUGUCUCGAUCUCCGCCGGACACUCUCACCGAUUAUCACUUUCCAUUCUAUAUCCCUCCGAUUCCUCAUUCCAAUUUCGUCUCUUUCUGAUUUCCUUCAAAACCCCUAAUUUCUCGAAUUAUUGACCUAGAUUUCGCUUGAUUCCCUCUAUAAAUCGAAGAUCUUUUGUUUGUUUUUCGGCCCAAUUUUGUUGAUGGGCACAACUAGGGUUUGCGCGGAGCUUUCUAAAUCUCCAAAACCGCCGCUCACUCUCUCGACCUCUCUAACAGAAACCGUCAAUGGCUUCCACGAAUUCAAGAUCAGCGGCUACUCUCUCACCAAAGGCGUUGGGGUCGGCAAGUACGUGGCAUCCGACACGUUCGUCGUCGGAGGUUACUCUUGGGCCAUCUACUUCUACCCAGACGGCAAGAGCCCGGAGGAUAACUCCUCUUACGUCUCUCUCUUCAUCGCCCUCGCGAGCGAGGGAACCGAUGUGAGGGCUUUGUUCGAGCUCACGCUCGUUGAUCAGAGUGGCAAUGGGAAGCACAAGGUUCAUAGCCAUUUCGGUAGAGUGCUCGAGAACGGUCCCUAUUCUCUCAAGUAUCGUGGAAGUAUGUGGGGUUACAAGCGGUUUUUCAGGAGGUCUGGUUUAGAAACAUCAGACUAUCUGAAAGACAAUAGUCUCUUGGUUCGUUGCCGUGUCGGUGUGGUGAAGUCGUGCACUGAAGGACCGAGGGAUUACAAUAUCCCUGUACCAGUUUCCAACUUGGGCCAACAGUUUGGAAGUCUUUUGGGAAGUGGGAAAGGUUGUGAUGUUACUUUUGUAGUCGAUGGAGAAACAUUCACUGCGCACAAACUGGUUCUUGCAACGCGUUCCCCAGUUUUCAGGGCGCAGCUUUUUGGCCCGUUGAGAGACAGGAAUACCGACCGUAUAGAGAUAGAAGAAAUGGAGUCCCCUAUUUUCAAGGUUUUGCUCCAUUUUAUCUACUGGGACGAAUUGCCUGAUAUGCAAGAGUUAAUAGGCACUGACUCUAGAUCGGCUUCUACACUUGUGGCUCAGCAUCUGCUUGCAGCGGCAGACCGUUAUGCUCUUGAGCGGCUUAAAGCGAUCUGCGAGUCAAAACUUUGCGAAGGAAUCACCAUAAACACGGUUGCGGUCACCUUGGCCCUAGCGGAGCAGCAUCAUUGUUUCCAGCUAAAAGCAGUGUGUCUCAAAUUCGUCGCGUCGCCAGAGAACCUGAAAGCUGUGAUGCAAACGGAUGGGUUUGAUUAUCUGAAAAGGAGUUGCCCAUCUCUACUAACCGAGCUAUUGGAGUAUGUGGCGAGGCUUAGUGAACACUCUGUUAUUGCAUCGGGGCCUCGAAAAGAGGUACUUGCAGAUGGUUGUGAUGUCAAUGGAAGACGAGUGAAGCAACGGUUGCGUUGAACAGAUUUGUGCCUUUUGUAAGCAUAAUGGCUGAUCUGAAACUAUCUGGUCCGGCAAUUACAGUUUUCUUUUUCAAUGAUUUCUGUUAAAAUCAAAGAUCAAAUGCAAUUUGGUGACUGAUGUUGUUGCUCAUCUGAGAAUUUGAUGUGAAUACAGUGUUACAACGUUGAGAUACAAGUCGCUCAAGAACACGGAAAAAUUCCAUUAGGACAGCA